AGCCCUUUUUAAUCCUUUCUGCUUCAACAUCGUUUCUGAUGUGUGGACACUAGAAGCAGAAAACGUAAUGAUUUUCCCAGUGCUAUAUACAGAAGUAAUUUCCCUAUUUUACAGUACUUUGCUUAUGCAUCCAAGAAUCACAUUAGUCCUGUUAGCCACAGCAUCCCACUGGGGCUCGUGUUCACUUCGUUAUCUGUCAUGAUUCCUGAAUCUUUUCUAGAGUCCCUGGAUUAUAGUCCACCAUGCUGCGGGUGUGACCUGCAUUUUUCUUCUCCUAGAUAUGACCUUCCAUUUGACUUCAUUAAAACACAUGUUCAAAUGAGCCCAGUUUGUCAAGUGGUCCAAGGUGUUCUGUAUAACUGACCAAUCAUUUACUACUUGAUGCAAAAAAACAGGGCUUGAUAUGGAAUUCACAGGUUUACAUUCAGUCUUUCCACAAGGCAAGCAACCCAGUCUCUUCGAUUCACCUGCUGAGUGGUAUCUGAAGGCCAGACGGAGUGUUCAGAAGUUCACAGUCAAUCAGCUUGGGUUGUCUAUAUUUUCAAAUGAAGAAUCAAACAAGUAUGUUGCACACUCCUAUAACUUCUUCCUCUUCCCCACAACGUUUGGAGUCAUGGACUCUGAAUUCUCUUUCCAGGCAUCUAGCAUUCAGUUCCUGACGCAUUACGGUUUUGAUUAUAAUAAGUUUCUGAAAGAUGGAAUCCCAUAUACGAAUGAGGUACAGGAGAAGAAACUUCAGCAAGGUCUCUUAACUGGAAACUGGAAAGUUCGCAGCACUUUGGACAAGGAUAAAGUGAAAAAGGUGAUUGAUGAUGUGACACGCUGGGUGCCAUCAGCAGAAGAGGGAGGCUCUAUGGUUUUACAUGAUAUUAGUGGUUUUCAGAUAUUUGAGGUACAGCUGAUUCUGAGACAGGCACUUCCAGAUGUUUGGACAGAGCCUUUUGGAGACCAGAAGGUGAUGGUGAAAAAGGUGAGUCCACGGCAUCGCUGGUGUCUGGAGAACUCUUCUUGUGACUGCUGCCGAAAGGAGCUCGUUCUUCUCUCCGCCCGGGGUUUCACCAACCUCUUCCAGACCCUCGUUGAAGCCAAGAAGCCAAUAGUGGGACACAACAUGCUCAUGGACCUUCUGCAUCUUCAUGACAAGUUUUACAAGCCCCUCCCAGAAAGCUAUGAGGAGUUUAAAAGGAAUAUUCACAGCCUGUUUCCUGUCCUCAUAGACACCAAGAAUGUAACAAAAUCAAUCUGGAAGGAAUUUCAGUUUCCUCGAGCAUCUAACCUCCUAGAAGUAUAUGAAAUCCUGUGCAGAUGUGUUCCUUCCACAGACAAAACACCAUGCCAGGAUGCCAUGCUGUGUGACCUAAAUCCCACCAACCCCACGUGUCCGGUGAUUGCCCAUGCAAGUGACUGUUUAAAAUAUGCUGACAAGAAAUCCCCCCAUGAGGCAGCCUAUGAUGCAUUUCUCUGCGGAUCAGUUCUUUUGAAAGUAGCUCACUUGCUCCUAGGCAGAAUGCCAUGUGACACGCUGGAGACUGGUCCCUCUUUCUCUCAGUAUCUCAAUGCAUUAACUAAGUACCUGAACCAGGUGAAUCUGAUCCGAGCUGGUGUUUCAACAAUCAAUUUCUCUGGCACAGAUGUCCCUAGCCAACGUCCACCUCUUCUGAUUGCCAGUGUUCGGGGAUGGCCUGGGGUGGAUGAAGAACAGAUCUAUCAAAAGUUAAAAGCUCUGUGCAAGUUUGAUGUCAGACGACUGACCGAGAACCAAUUUCUGUUGCUCUCCAAUAAAUUUAAGGAUUUCAGGGUUGUUCUGCGAGAUUAUAGAGAUCACCCUAAUCUGCAGAUUUCACUCUAUCGCUACUGGAGACACUCACCACAAGCGAACUGCUUGCUACAAAUUUGUGGGAUUGUGGCAUCAUGGUCUCUUCUGGCCUUUGUGAUUGGAGGAUCUCCAUGGUAUGCCAUGUAAAAGAUUAUCUUCUGGAAAGAUCUCAGGGACAUCUUUCUUAUCUAUGUGCUUGUUACCAGGAUGCCUAUUGUGGUUUUUUUUUUCCUUACACUGUUAACACAGUGAUGGUCAGUAAAGGGCAUUUAACAUUGGUUUUUUUUUUUGUUUGCUUGCCUUCAAUCACAAAAAAAAAUCUGUGUUUAAGGAGACUCUCAGGUUUUAGGAAUCAAAUCUGAAGGGGAAAAUCCUCCUGGUUUUUUAAAUAUAUUUGUUAAACAAGUACUACUAUACCUCUUCUUCAUGUGCAAGUGAACCAGAGAAUCCACUGUCUUGAUGAGACUUUUAUCUUGUUCCCUGUUUAUUCUUCAACAAUACUAAUAAACCAGUUCUAUUUCAA